ACAAACAAACAAAAAAUGGCUCAAAAUGGGCCUGUUUCUGCAGAAACUGAAACACUGAGCUAUGUGCUUAGACUGGUGGAGCAAGGUGAUAGCAACAAAGACGGUUUGCUGAGCAUAGAGGAGUUUAUUGAGAUGAACACAAAGAACAUGGAGCUUGGUGGGCCAAUUGGGAAUUUCUUAAAGAAUGCUUUUGAAACUCUGAAUUUUGAUGGCGAUGAGGAGGUGACUGGAGAGGAGCUUUACGAGGUUAUAGAGAAUUCGGAAUGCGAAUUGACACUGGAAGAUUGCCAAAAUAUCAUAGCUUCCAUUGAUGGAGAUGGGGAUGGAGCUGUGAGGUUUGAAGACUUCAGACUCAUAGUUGAUGCCCUCAUCUAGACAAUGAAGCUAGCGCUAUCUAGCACUAGAAAACUUAACCGAUUUUAUAUAUGUGUAAAAUUAGGCAAAUUAAUGCAUAAACUGCUAGCUAGCGCUUUUAAUGGAUUAUAUUUGUGUAUGUUUUACGUUAAACCAAAUGUGCAAGUGAACUUGCUUUCUUUAAUGUUAUAAAUAGCUUGUAUGCAGUCUACUUAAAAUGAUGAUCAAAUUAUUAUUAUUAUUA